CCGAGGAGGGACAUUUUAAAAGGGCUGGAGAUUGCGGGCGUCAGUGGCCAUGGCGGAUACAGCGACUACAGCAUCGGCGGCGGCGGCGGCGGCGGCUAGUGCCGCUAACGCCUCGACCGAUGCACCGCCUUUCCAACUGGGCAAACCCCGCUUCCAGCAGACAUCCUUCUACGGUCGCUUCAGGCACUUCUUGGACAUCAUUGACCCUCGCACACUCUUUGUCACUGAGAGACGUCUCAGAGAGGCUGUGCAGCUGCUGGAAGACUACAAGCAUGGGACCCUGCGUCCGGGGAUUACUAACGAGCAGCUCUGGAGUGCACAGAAAAUCAAGCAGGCUAUUCUACACCCGGACACCAAUGAGAAGAUCUUCAUGCCCUUUAGAAUGUCAGGUUACAUUCCUUUUGGGACGCCAAUUGUGGUUGGUCUUCUCUUGCCCAAUCAGACAUUGGCGUCCACUGUCUUCUGGCAGUGGCUGAACCAGAGCCACAACGCUUGUGUCAACUAUGCAAACCGGAACGCUACGAAGCCUUCACCUGCAUCCAAGUUCAUCCAGGGCUACCUGGGAGCUGUCAUCAGUGCCGUCUCCAUCGCUGUGGGCCUUAAUGUCCUGGUUCAGAAAGCCAACAAGUUCACCCCGGCCACCCGCCUUCUCGUCCAGAGAUUUGUGCCGUUCCCCGCCGUAGCCAGCGCCAAUAUCUGCAACGUGGUCCUGAUGCGGUACGGGGAGCUGGAGGAGGGGAUUGACGUCCUGGACAGCGAUGGCAACCUCGUGGGUUCCUCCAAGAUCGCAGCCAGACAUGCCCUGCUGGAGACGGCGCUGACGCGAGUGGUCCUCCCCAUGCCCAUCCUGGUGCUACCCCCGAUCGUCAUGUCCAUGCUGGAGAAGACAGCUCUCCUGCAGGCGCGCCCCCGGCUGCUCCUCCCCGUGCAAAGCCUCGUGUGCCUGGCAGCCUUUGGCCUGGCCCUGCCGCUGGCCAUCAGCCUCUUCCCCCAGAUGUCAGAGAUCGAAACGACCCAGUUAGAGCCUGAGAUUGCCCGGGCCACGAGCAGCCGGACAGUGGUGUACAACAAGGGGCUGUGAGCGGUGGCCGGCCGGCCUGGGGAACGGAGCGUUGUCCAGGCCGGGAGUUGGGGGCAGGGAAGGAGUCCCAUGGGCUGCACCUGCAGGGAGAGGCCAGCUGACCCCCCAGUCCUGGGCUACCUGCGGGAGCCCUCCCCCCACAGUGGUAGGGAGACUAAUCUAUUCACACUUUAACAUAAGGGAGAGGAAUUCUGACACAUUUACUAUGAAAAAUAAUCAAGUGCAUUUCUGGGCCUUACGUGGGGUUGUCAAAACUCUACUUAGCACAAUUAUGUGUGAAGCUGAAAAAUUGUAGAGUGCCCACGGGGUAGGAUUAGGAUCCUUUUAUACUUUGGUUUCUUUUUUCUUUUUCUUUUUUAUCAGAAUGAAGCCUUGGUUGCAGCUGCCCGGAUGCAACAGGUGGUGGGAGGAAUGGGCCUGGUGGCCUUGGUGGCCUGGCUGGUAGAUUUAAGAUACUACUGUGGCCAGGCCCGAUAGCUCCCUGGGCUGGGCUGGGCUGCGCUGGGCUGGACUAGGGAGGGGAGGGGAGGAAGUCUACACUUCACAGGAUGAACCAGCUGUGACUGAGUUCCUCAGGAGGUGGCCCAGGAAGUCAAGGGGCACUGGAGGCCUCUAGAAGAUUCCUUGGCCAGCUGGCUCUGAGUGUGGCCAGCCUUCAUGCCACACCUGCAGAACCAGUUCCUCUGCAUGAAACCCAGUGACACACUGAGGCUGGUGUCACCCUCCACGGAGCCCUGAUCCAUGUGAGACCCCGAGAUGACCCCAGCUCCAGGCAGGAAGUCCUGAGAAAGAACGAAGCUUGGCGGGAACCGUGGCCUGCACUCUGCCCUCUGCGGGAAGAGCUUCCUUCCAGGCACAGGCUGGAAGCUGGGCGUUGGGACUGAGGGUAGGGCUGGAGGCAGGCUGACUGCUGUCCUUUCCAGCCACUGGGCCACCUGCCCCAGCCCACCAUUUCCUGAGCAGGAGGGUCUCGUGCCUGAGAGUGCAAAGCCCAGAUCUCUAGGCAUCUACCUGAGAGCAUCAACCCAGGAACAGCAGGCCCCAGCUCUGGCACUAAUGGGCUGUGUGACCUUGGACGUGUCCACUACCUUCGCUGGGUUUCCACUCCCUGUCUGAAACCAGAGGACUGGAUUGAGGGGUUCCCACCUGCUCUUCCAACUAGACUUUGUCUUUGCCUGUCCUGCUCAGGUGCUGGGUAUCCCAGGCCUAUCCCCAGCGUGGACACUGGACUGGGAAUGGGGCAGGCUCCCUUGGAAAUGGCCAGCUGUUGGCCUCAGAACCUGCACCUUGCCCUUCUGUAUGUGAACACACAUUCCUGGAGCACUUGACCUUUGCCAAACACUUUACAGGUCUGAGGGAAGAGGCAGCGUGCAUGCCUGGGCCUGAGUGCGGGCCCACAUGCUCAUGCCGCUGCCUCUCACCCUGCAUGGGCCUCCGAGGCCCCUUGCUGCUGACUCUCAUUUGCAGGCGAGGAAAGGGGAGAGUGCUACAGGAGCUUUGCAGAGGAAGCAGGGCCUGAGGUGGGGGUGAACAAGAUAAGCCCCCUGACCCCCAUCUGAAAGGCCCAAACAAAGAGGAAGCCUGGGCCUCCAUGCAUCCCUCAGCUGACCCCGACUUGAAUGGAGCCCUUGAUAUGCAGCCAAAGGGCCUCUGCUUCCCUGGCGACUUCAUCUGGGGAGAGACCUGGCCGGAGAUGAACACAUGCACUUGCAGGAAAAGGCUAUUGCAGGACGGCAAGGGCGUGGCCAUGGGUGGCUCUUGCCAUCUUUAGGGCAGGGUAGUUGUGAGGUGCAUUGAUACCACGCACUCCUCAGAAGCCCCUGCUGCCCUCACCGCCCAGGCAGGCCCUGGUGCCCCCCCCGCUAGCUCUGCAGGAUGCUGCCCUGAGGGCUCCCCACUCUCCUGAGGAGCAGCCCACCCACUGCCCAUGAGGAGCAGAGGGGGUACCACAGUGUUGGAGGGGCAGGUCGUUUUUAGCUAAUCCUGGCAUAAUGUGAAUGAGCCAAUGACUGGGGGCUGGGCAUGUCUGGGUCCUCUUUGGAAAAGCUCACUUCAAGCUCACCUUGCCCCACCUCUCAUAGGGUCUUGUUCUUUUGCACUUCACCUUGGGACCAAAACUGACCACCCCAGCUCUACUCCCACCCCGUCCGGGGUCCUGGCAGAGAUGGGGUCUUUCCAACUCUGCCUCUGUGCUGGUUGCCCCUGCCCAGCCCCACCCCUGCCCGAGUCUUGGGAGCCCUGUGGCCUCGGCAUCUCAUAACCUACUUACUUUGUCUCCUGGAUGCUUUCGGUCAUGCUCUGAAUGCAAUUUCACGUGAGCUAAGGGGGUUUCUCCUGGGAGUGGGAGGGGUGGGUGGCAAAGGAUCCUUGUAGCUCAGGGUAAUUGUGACGGAGGUUCAGGCGACCAUGCUGUUAAGUCCUGGUCUGGCUGCAAAAAAUACCGUGAGGGGAAACUUUUGGCCAACAUCCGUCCUCUACUCUGCUGAGGACAGAGGAAGGGAGGCCUCGUGGGCAGAUUGGUUCAUAACUAGGGGUGGUGGGAAGGCUGAGCCGGGAUCCACUGAGGGCUGGGCCUGGCCCAGCUGUGCCAGAAGAAAGGGCACACCUGCAACUGGCUCUCUCUCUAGCCCUGGUGUACCCUCCUCUGGUCACUUCAAACGUUCCCUCAGGCUUGGGGAUGCCCUUCUCCUAUUCCAGAGAGCAAUCUGAGAGCACAGGAACUAAAAGCCCAAGAUGUCAAGAUAACCAACAGACCCCUUUUCCAAUUCCUGACUGUGAGCCAGCUGGUCUCCUGUCCUGGGCCUCUAGCCUGGGAGCAGGGUGACGUCCUGAGAGGACAAGGGCAGUGGACGGAAGCAAGGUGGUUUUCUAGCCCUGGGCCAGUGUGAGUGAGUCACCAGCACACAUGCCUUGGCCACUCCCAGGGGACUUCGCAGUGUCUUUUUAACUUUCUCAGAAAAUUUCUCAAUCUCUUGUGAUUUAUGUAAUACUAAUGAGCUGUGGGCAAUAAAUGAUGGAUUUAAAGCA